UGAGAAGAAAAUAAACGAAGCAGUCGUUCGAAAAUGUCCAAGAUGUGGAGUUCAAUUUGUAAAAGAAAAAGGAUGCAAUCAUGUUACUUGCCGUUGUGGUAUGACCCAAUGUUAUUUAUGCAGACAAACUGGAAUUGAACACGAUCAUUUUUGCCAACAUUAUCGUGAUCCAAAUAGUCAAACUUGUAAUGAAUGUAACAAAAAAUGUCUUCUCCACGAAGAUGCAAACAAGAUAGACCAACAAAUAAUUAAAGAAAUUCGUGAAAAAGGAGAGACUUCUGUUCGUUUCACAACUCCAACAAGUCCAAAUCGGAAGUCUAAUACUGCUUCUAAUACAGCACGUCUCACUAAUACAGCAGAGUCUGCUACAGCAGAUUACACCAACGAACUUGAAUUUAGGGAUAUACUAAUGGGUAUACUAGUGGGUCUGCUAAUAAUUCUUCUGUUAAUUUGGGGGAAGCUUAUAUACGAUUUGCAUUAUCGUUGA